CAAAUUGGAAUCAAUGGUUAGAAAGUUGUCAACUUAAGUUGGAUGUUUGAAUAUUGAUGUUUGAACUCGCAGUUUGGUGAACCAGGAGGCCAGCAAUUUGGAGCUCCUGCUGUUGUUAGGGUGUUUAUCAACACCAGCCAUAGUCAUAAGAGAUGAGGGUUGUUAGUCCUUUAAUGCUAGAUCAUGACUUGACUGUAUAGUUCCCCAACUUGUGGUCUUUAUAUUUUGCGAGUUCUCAUUGUUAAAACUCGGUAGUUAUUUGAGUUUUGAUCAUUCUCUGACAUUAUGGCUCCCCAGUUCAUGUUUCUCAUUGGCAAACCUCCCGUUGUCAUCAUUCUUGUUCCCUUCUUGUGUAUCUUAGCCUCUGUCAUUGCCAUGUUCACUCGGCCAAUUCUAUGGUUGGCACGGUUACUACUUAACCGCCGAGGCCUCGAGGACAGGAUUCUCCGGUCAUUUCCAAAGAUCUGUUACACUGCAGAAGUCGAUGAAAAGCUCACAGAAUGCGCUGUCUGCUUGAUGGAGUACGAGGAUGGAGAUGCAUUAAGGAUUUUGCCUCCUUGUGGUCAUGGUUUCCAUGUUGGCUGUGUUGAUAGGUGGCUGAAGUGCCACUCUUCAUGUCCAUCGUGUCGCGCCGUUGUAGUUAUGGAGAGCAAAGCACAGAUACUUGGAGACGCCAAUAGUCCACCAUUCUCAGAUACAUCGUAUACAGUUUCAAAUCCGUACAGACUGACUUUCUGGCAUCUUUGAAUAGUACGUUUAUGUUUGGUGCAGACAUAACAACGGAAGGCCAAAGAAGAUGAACUGAUUUAUUAUACUUGUAUGUGAAGUCAUCCAGUUACACUAUAGCCAAAUUUUAAUGGUAAAUACCAAAAAGAAAAUGGAGAUACAAUAUUUUGAUUUAGUUGGGACAAUUGGGUAUGGAAGUUUUCUGUUUUCUGUUUCUUCUGGUCUCAUAUCUGGAAACAUAAAUAAAAGGAGGUAUGGAUGGUUCCAAUGCUUCAUUUU